AUGCACAUCACUUUGCAUUCGGAAGUGCCAGUGAUCUCUAGUCCCACCAGCUGCGGUAGCCAGGAUCCUCCCCGGAGACCUCAAUCGGAAGCACUUGACACUAAGAAAGAAUGGCAUUUACUAGUGGCCUAAACUUAGGGCCAUAAAACCCAUUAGCCGCCCGAUGUGUGCUCAACAAACAUUGUGUGGUGAGCAUCCACCCACUAGCAAGGGGAGUCCCUCCCUAUAAAUGAGCCUCGGGGAGCAGCAUCCCCUCAAACCCGGUUCCCCACUGCCCUUGCCGGUUCCCCAUAGAUUCCCCUCUAGCCAUCGGCAACAUGAAGGUCUCCGUCUGGGCUCUCUUCUUCCUGUCAGCCCUGGUGGCCAUCUCGGGGGCCAGAGGCAAGGAGGUCCUGAAGGUGUGUGGGCGAGAUUUCAUCAGGGCGAUCGUCUACACCUGUGGCAGCUCUCGCUGGAAGAGAGACCUGCACAAUGCCCUGGAAGACGGAGCGGAAGGAGAGUUCGAGGCGCCGAACGAAUAUGGAGCUUCCGAAGACCUCGUGGAGCCCAGCCUCUUCUCCGUCGAGUCCCCUGCCGGCGAAACCCGCACCCAGAAGCACCGGCCAGCGGGCACCGCGCAACGGAAGAGGCAGGCGGACAUGGCGGACCUGGCCACCUUCUGCUGCCGGACGGGCUGCACCGCCACAGAACUGAGCAAGCUGUGCUAGGGCCCGCGGGCGGGCGGCCGGGGCCGGGGAAACCCGCGCUUUCAAACCAAUAAACAGAUGCACGAG